GGACUGCGAUUGACCAUGAACAUUGAACAGUAUGAGUACAUGCCAGGGCCCCAUGAUGCUGCGGGAAUUAAAAUGCUAUUACAUGAUCCAAAUGAAAUCCCACGGGUUCACGCCCUAGGUCAAGCUAUUCCACCAGGAUCCCAUGUAUUUGUUGGUGUCAAAAUGAUAGAGAUCACGAACCUUCCUCGCCCACAUGGGGACUGCUUUGAUAAGUCCCUGGAAUACGCCGAUAUGUACACAACAGAGGCGUGUCAGUUAGACUGCCUUACCAGGAGAGCAGCAGAGAAAUGCGGAUGUCGGUCAUUGUUCAUGCCGGAGAAAAAUGAAACAUUCCCUAUGAUGUCAGCUGCAUUGUGUGAUUGCCCAGUGCCGUGCAGUUUCAGACUUUAUGAAACUGAUAUAUCAUAUGCCAGCACAUCCGAAUACAGUUUGAACAAAUUUUUAAGUGACGAUGAUAAAGGAAAUCUAUCUCAAAGUUUGUUGGAAGCAGCGGAAGUGACGUCACGAUACGAGGUUGCUAAAUACUCGCAAAUACAAUCCUUGUAUGACAACUUUGUACGUCAUAUGGAUACAGUGAGGAGGAGAGUCAUCGUUAACGUAAAGGAAACCGUUAACAAAGCCACACUUGAAGUCAAUCAGAGAUAUAAAGAAAUUGAGGAUCACUAUAAUUGGAAAGACUAUUUGUAUAGGUAUCAAGAAUACAUUCUACAGAAAAAUUUCAUGCGUCCCCGAGAUGCUUACGAAGAGCGCAUAUUUCAUAUAGUGGCACUGGGGUAUGCUGAAUAUAUAAUGACAGUAGAGGGAAGAAUUCGAAUGCUGGCAGGUGGAGAGUUUACAGAUGAUUCUACAAGGCGUCUUUUAUAUGAAGAUAUAUCAGCCUUGUUGACGAAUAGAAAAAUGAUUGUAGAGAUUGCCUUGGUAAACUAUACGUCUUUAAUAGAAGCAUAUGAUACGGGAAUACAGAUUUUCAAUUAUAAAUUUUUUGACACACCACGUGCACAUAACAUCCCUGCAGCACCAAAACUACUUAUCAAAGAGUCGAGAGUUCAUAACAGUUAUGCUACGAGGUAUGGAAAACGAUUUGGAUCUUACCUCAACCGCACGAUCGCUGUUCUCGAGGUUUGUCAUGAAUUGCUUGAUGAGGCAUAUUCAAAUAUGACCCUGGAUGAAGAGAGCAUGACGGAUUGCCGCGAGAAAUUUAGAUACUUAAUGAGGAACUGGGUGUUUGCCAGAAGUGUAUUCUACUUUGACACAAUAGACUGGCCAUUGAAGCAGAUCGAAGAACGACACGAAAAUUUUGACAAACAGUGGAACGAAUUAAACACAGUGUUCGGAAAUCUUAAUCAAAGCUUGAUUUCCUUGAAAACCGAAAUAGAAUCUUUUGAAGAAGGUACGUUUGAAAGUAUUAAAGAGAUACGUGAUUCUGUGAAGGAUUAUCUGAAUAACACAGUGUCUAAACUGUAUAUUUCGGAAAGAUUUACAUCUCUUAGUUUUAAACAUUUGGUGACAAAAUUUGAUCUAUUUUUUCAACAACUUCGUUCUAGGGAAUCGUCUAUGAUGGACUGGUUAAGCCAAAUGAAUGAUGAUGCGUUUGGUAUUUUAAAAGUAAUAGUAUAUGAUCAGGAUUCGUGGGAGUAUUACAAUUUUACAGGACGAACAGAAUAUUUGGGAAAUAUUUCAGAUAUUGAGAGCGAUUUGAAAGAAAACUAUACCGCGACAGCUGCAUUGAUGCAGUUUUCUCUUACUGUUAACGGAAGUGACUCGGUGUUGUUGUCAACAUUCAGUGAUUUUGUAGAAGAAAUGAUGGCUUAUAAAGAUUCCCUGAAGAUCGACAGCAGUUUUAUCAAAGAUAAUUUCCUGCAUGUCGACAUUUUCUACCGACAAAUGAGCUACGAAGAGAUACACCAGCAGAAAGCUUAUGAUAUGUUUUCCCUAUGGUGUGAUAUAGGGGGAACUAUGGGCCUUUUCUUGGGAGCAAGUUUCUUGUCUCUUGUAGAAUUGGUGGACUUCAUAUUGACCCACACGGUGAAUCCCAAAAAAGGGAACAAGGAACACACCAGAAAGCAGUUCUUGUAGAGAUGAUUGGUUUUAAGAAUUAUCUUAUUUUCCUAGGCAUUCCAUGUUCUUUUGUUCUCGUCUAUCAAUAAGAAAAGAAACUGAUGAUCCAAGAAUGAGUGUACAUUCAUAUACUGAAAUUUACAUUUGAUAUCUUUACAAAUUCUACUGACUACCAUUUAGGCUUUGUUGAUAUAAAAGGACACGAACGACAACCCUCACGACAGCAUAUUCUAAGUGAAGCGCUAACGUCCUUCAUGGAGGAUGUCCGUGUGAAUAUCGCAGUUCAUACUCCAUGUAUUUUUUUGUCAAAAAUGAAAUUCAAUUCUUAACCAUAAAGGAACUACCAUGAUAAAUAUUAAUAUAAAAUAGUAUCAAUGAAUAUAGACAUUUUUGCGAGUUUUAUUUUUGAGAAUCUGGGUAAAAAUGCUAUUGAUUUAAUUAUAUGUACGUGUCAAAUGAUUGCUAAUUUAUUUGUUCCGAUGCUGAAUAUAAGUUUUUUCCCACAAGUUUUAAAUUUACGAAUAAUACUUUUGUACGUUUGAUGUAUAGGCCCUCAAUAUUGCCUUUAACCACCCCCACCAGAUUAUAUGUUCAAAUCAAGCAAUAUUUUAAUAUUUUAUAUUAUUUUGUUUGAAAUCUUUCCGUUUAUUUUGUUGAAAACGAUUUUAAAAGUAGAUGUCUACAUGUUCACAUCGUUUAAUGUUUCUGGUGAAUAGACAACAUCUCAUCCAAAUAUCAUAACAUCUAA